AUGUCAGAGCCUUCGAUUGAUUUGACAACAACAAUUGCGACAUUUUUUAUUAGUAGUUCUCCUAUCGGUCAAGAAACAAUAACGAAUUCUUCAUGGAUGAAUGAGACGAAAAUUUCAUCAACAUCGGAUGCACCUCCAUCACUCUUCGCAGGUUUUAUUGGUUGUCUAGUUGCGUCGGUCUUCUUCGGUUCGAAUUUUGUUCCCGUAAAACAGUAUUCUACCGGAGACGGUUUCUUCUUUCAAUUUGUCUACUGUGUUUCGGUCUGGGUUGUUGGUCUUGUACUUGAUCUUUUUUUAGACAAUCAACGAUUCUAUCCACUCGUACUUAUUGGAGGCGCACUGUGGGCAACUGGCAAUCUUGUCACGGUGUUUUGUAUCAAGACAUGUGGCUUAGCUGUUGGUCUCUUGAUUUGGAGCACGACUUGUUUGAUCAUGGGUUGGGCAGGUGGUCGCUUCGGUAUAUUUGGUGUCAAACCACAAAUUCCAUCGACACCAUUGAAACUAACCAUAAAUUAUGCAUCAGUCAUAUUGGCUGCGAUAAGUGCCAUCUUCUUUAUUCUAAUCAAGUCUAACAAUACAUCACCCAAGCCAAGUGAAGAUUCCAGACCAGAUGAAGAAGUCACAGUAGAACUGGAGAAGAAAUCGGAUACCAAUCAAGUAACAGUCGAAAUAAUAGAUAAAAUGAUUUGUUUGUUUUUAUUAUUACUUACGAUAUCUAAUACGAAACAAUUUGAUCUCGAAACAUGUCGAUAUCCAUUGGGUAUUGAAACAGGAAAAAUAUUAGAUUCAGCUUUUUCAUCAAGUAGUUAUGCUCGAGAAAGUACAACAGCAUCUAAAGCAAGAAUUCGAAGUGAAACAGAUGGAUGGUGUCCAUUAAAUCGAAUUUCAUCAACAACAUAUGAAUAUAUACAAAUUGAUUUAGUUAAUUUAACUGUUAUUACACUUAUUGAACUUCAAGGAAAAUUUAGUUUAAUACCAAAUGAACAAUUUGCCGAUGCAUUUCGGAUUGAAUAUAGACGAGAAAAUGAACAAAAAUGGAUUAAAUAUAAAUAUUUCUCUGGACAAUAUAUUUUAAGUGGAAGUUCAAAUAGUUAUAUACCAACCAUACGUGAUUUACUUCCAUCAAUUAUUGCACGACAAAUUCGUAUUAUACCAAUUGUUACUGGAUCUUUAUCAAAAUAUAUUUGUAUGCGUUUAGAACUCUAUGGUUGUUCUUAUCAAGAUGGAUUGAUAUCAUAUUCAAUACCUCAAGGUGAUAAACGUGGUUAUGAUGCACAAUUUUUUGAUGAAACAUAUGAUGGACAAAAUGAUAAUGGAAUAUUGAAAGAUGGUCUUGGUCAAUUAACUGAUGGAAUCUUAGCUCAUGAUGAUUAUCGUUUAAAAGAUAAUGUUCAAGGUAUAGGUCAAAUUGGUUAUGAUUGGAUUGGUUGGAAAAGAAAAUCAUUAUCAUUAAUAUCAUAUGUAAAUCUUAUUUUUCAUUUUGAUACUAUUCGAAAUUUUACAUCAAUUCGUAUUCAUACAUCAAAUUUAUAUAUACGUGAUAUAUAUUUAUUUUAUUCAAUAACAAUUAAAAAUUGUCAAGAGAAAAAUAUUAAAAAUAAUCAUCAAAUAUAUUUAAUUAUAUCAAAUGAUUAUAUAAAUACUAGUGCUAGAUUUAUUCAUAUUUCUUUUAUUGAUAAAAAUACUUUUAUUAUAAGUAAUUGUUUAAAUAUAAUAUUAACAUUUAAUAAUAGAAGUAAAUGGAUAUUAAUUAGUGAAAUUCAAUUUGAUUCUUUACCAAUAAAUAUUAAUAUUUCGAAAUUAGUAACAAUUAAAAAAAUUAAUAAUCAUUUACCAAAUUUAAUAGAUACUUAUAUUUCAACUGUUCACUACUGGCUUUGGUCAAUUUUGGCAUUAAGUUUUAUAAUUCUUUUUAUAUUUUUAUUAAUAUACACUUAUAUUCGUUGGACUCAAACAUAUCAACAACAAAACAAAUUUUGCAAUAUAACAAAUCGUUUGAAAUUUGGUUCAACUUAUCGAGCAAUACCACGAAUGGGUUCUUGUAUUAAUAAUAGAAAUACUUCAUAUAUACCAUCAAUAUCAAAUAAUGAUAUUCAUCAUUAUUUAAUUAUUUCAACAAAUAAUACAUCAAAAAGUAUGAAUAAUUCAGAUUUUAGUCCAACAACAAUGUCAACUAUUUAUCAAUCAAGUAUUAUUGAUCCAUAUUUAACUGCUAUAUCAAAUGAUACACCGACAUUGAUAACAAAUCCUUACUCUUCGAUUGAUAUGUAUACUAGUUCAUUAUCUGAUACACCACUUAGUAUAGAGAAUACAAUAAAAAAUAUUCAAGGUCCAUGUGGUAAUAGUACAUAUGAAUCUUUAAUUUCAUUAAAUGAUUCUCAAUCGACAAUAUUUAUACCACGUAUUAAUAAUAAAGAAUUAAUUAUUGAACAACCUUAUUCAACAAUUAAUGGAUGUUUUGGAACAAUUUUUCAAGGUUAUCUUUAUGUUCAUCAUUCAAAUGAUAAUCUUAAACGAAUUCUUAUUAAAAUUUUAACAACUAAUGAUAAAAAUCAAAAAGAAUUAUUUGAUAAAGAACAUUUCUUACUUAAUGAUCUUAAUCAUCCAAAUAUAGUUCAAUUUUAUGGUUAUACAAUUGAACAAAAUUAUGCUCUUAUUGAACAUAGUGAUUUAAAUGAUCUUUAUACAUAUUUAUUAACAUCAAAAAAUAUAUCAAAAAAUCUUCGUCUUCAUUAUAUGACUCAAUUAUCAAAUGCUCUUUAUUAUCUUGAAUCUCAUCAUAUAAUACAUCGUGAUAUAGCUGCACGAAAUUGUUUAAUUUAUAAAAAUUAUAAAAUUAAAUUAACAAAUUCAGCUAUGGCAUCUGAACAAUUUCAAUUACAUUAUUAUAAAAUUAAUCAUAUUCAAUUACCUAUUCGAUGGAUGGCACCUGAAUCUAUUUCAAAUAAUCAAUUUACAUCUCAAUCAGAUAUAUGGUCAUUUGGUAUAACACUUUGGGAAGUAAUGACAAAUUGUAUAACAUUACCUUAUAGUUUAUUAAAUGAUGAACAAGUUUAUCAAAGAUUAAAAUCAGCAAACGAUUUACAUUUAUCUAAACCAGAAUGUUUAAGUAAAGAACUUAUUGAUUUAAUGCUUGAAUGUUGGCGUCCUUAUAAUGAACGACCAAAAUUUCAAGAAAUCUAUACCUUUUUAAAUAAACGUCUUUAUGGGAUGAAUAUUGUUUGA